AUGACUUGGGCUCGUUUGUGCUUAGCACAUACUCCAUAUGUUGAUGAAAUUUCCAACUUACUUCGCGGCAGCAAAAUAAAAAGACUCAACAAGCAACAUUUUUGGCAUCAGGUUAUCUAUUUUGUCCUUAGUGGUAUGUUCAACAAUGCAGUUACUUUUCUGGAAACAUACGGUAAUUUGUGUGAUGAUGAUGCCGUACGACGCUUGGCCAAAGUGCUUUCCGAAAUAAGAAUGGAUCUGCUGAAUGAUGAAAAUACUGCUUUGGAUUUUAUCAGUGCACAGGAGGAAGUACGUGAUAUGUGUACAAGCGGGUUUUUCCGAACUAAUGCUGAUGCUGAAAAAGUAGCUAUGAUAGUUGCUGGUGACAUUUCAACCAUAACAUCGGUUUCAGCUCAGUUGGACAAUUGGUUUGAAUUGGUACCACCAUAUUUAUUAUUCGUUCGACCAUGUGCUACUCUUCCUCAACUUAAGGAUGUUGUUAAGGAUUGUUUAAAAAUUUUCGGCAUCAGUAAAUGUAAUGGAAUUGAUGCUGUAAUGUGUGAGCUUUUUUCAUUGGAAGCAUUGCGAGCUCUUCAUAGAAUUUCAACUUCAAGCACCAACUGGUGGUUUCCGGCUCAUCUGGCAGAUUUGUUACAAAAAGCGGAUGAACGAAUAACAAGUGCUUACGGCAUGGAUAUACGUCAGCACUUGAUUAUUGAAUAUGGAUCAUCACUCUUUAGUGAACCUGGAUUAUGGCAAGUGGGAUUUGAUUAUCUUCGGGAAACUGGUGAUGAGGGAUUGCGUCACUUAGAGUUAUUGAUAGCAGAAGUACCUCUGGAUAACGAAACUGUUGCUACGAAGUUAUGUUCAUUAUGCGAUGAAGUAGGUCUUAAUCAGACACGAAAGGAUAUUGCACGAGCUAUGGCUUACAGGCUAUUGCGUGCAGAGCGAUGGGGCAGUGCUCUCUCAUGGGCCAUACGAUCACGUGAUAUCGAAAUUGUUUCUACUGUUGCGGACCAAGUGAUAUCACGGUGUUCUCCGGAUCAGUUUUCUUCCAUCACUGUUGUUGAACAUUUUACAGAAGUGAUGCUUCUUUCAUCAUCUUUUGUAUUUCUGCAUCGGUAUUAUAAAUUUCGAAAAUUGCUGGAAUCAGAUCAGAAAGUCAAAGCUGCUGAACUGCUGCCGAUGUUUCAAUUGGCGUUCCCGCCGUAA